AUGACAACCACAUGCGAAGUGCAGCUGGACUCACUCGAACAGCUAACGAGGCCCUCUGUGUCCUCCAUCGCAGCCUCUGCCAGAGAACAUUCCGUCCAAGGCGAGCAUGCACCCCCAGUCUCAGCCGUCGCGGCUCUCGAGCGAUGGAAUGCCCCGCGAGCCAACAUCGGCCGUACUUUGGCCGCCUUCUGGAGCUUUCUCAUGUUUGGGAUGAAUGAUGCCGCCUAUGGAGCAUUACUUCCCUAUUUGGAAUCUUUCUACGGUCUCUCCUACACCAUUGUUUCCCUUGUCUUCCUGUCCCCGCUGGUGGGAUACAUCCUAUCUGCCAGCUUCAAUCAUCGCAUCCAUGUCGCCUUUGGCCAACGAGGGGUUGCAUUCCUGGCUCCGACGUGUCAUCUGGUGGCCUACGUGGUCAAUUGUCUCCACCCCCCUUACCCGGUGUUGGUGAUUUCCUUCAUCUUCGCGGGAUUCGGCAAUGGAAUUGCCGACUCGGCGUGGAAUGCCUGGAUGGGGAACCUGGCCAAUGCCAACGAGACGUUGGGACUGCUACAUGGUGUUUGGGGCUUGGGGGCUGUCAUGAGUCCUCUGAUGGCGACCGCCAUUGUGACCAAGGCGCAUCGUCCGUGGUACUAUUAUUAUUAUGUCAUGAUUCCAUGUGCGGCUAUCGAGUUCGUUACCUGUAUGGUGUGCUUUUGGUCAUUUACCGGGGCCAGAUUUCGCCAGACAGUCGCAGCAGCGCAUGGAAAUCACCAGGGAGGUCUCAAGGAGGCCUUGUUUUGGCGUCCCUAUGCCCGUGUGACAUGGCUCUGCGCCAUCUUCCUGAUCGGAUACGCUGGCAUCGAAGUGGCUCUGGGCGGUUGGAUUGUGACCUUCAUGAUGGGGGUCCGCAAAGGAGGCGCCUCUGCCAGCGAGAUGACCGCCACAGGUUUCUGGCUGGGGAUCACCUGUGGCCGCAUGCUUUUAGGGUUCGUCACUCCUCGCAUUGGGGAACGGGUCGCGAUCUCGGUUAGUCCAUGCCUUCUCUCUUCCUGCCGCUUUGGGCCUUCCCCGCUGAGGCCUCCACUCACCCAGGUCUACAUCAUGCUCUCGAUUGCAUGCGCGUUGGUUUUCUGGCUCGUUCCUCAGUUCUACGUCUCAGCGGUGGCCGUCUCGUUCCAGGGAUUCUUCCUCGGUCCCUUGUUCCCCGCCGUAGUGGUCGUGACGACCAAACUGCUCCCGCGAUACCUCCACGUCAGUUCGAUUGGAUUCGCAGCAGCCUUUGGAGGAGGCGGGGGGGCAGUCUUGCCCUUUGCAGUGGGGGUGAUUGCUCAGAGUAGAGGGGUGUGGGUGUUGCAGCCAUUCAUCAUCGCACUGUCCGUGGCGAUCCUGGUCCUGUGGUUAGGCUUACCCCGAGUGGCCAAGGUCCAUCGCCCGGAAUAG